AUGGCAUUUUUGCAUGUUGAAAUUCAACAAUGUGGUAACCUAAAGCAAAAGGUCUCACUGUAUAAAUAUCAGGACGAAGACCAAGAUCGAUACACUCCUCGGUGGAUUCUGUCAGCCACAACAGCCAAGAUGCGUCGCAGUCUCAUGGUGAUAAGUGUAGCCUUGCUGGCGACGGCGAUGGCAGACAGUGGAGGAGGCCAUAACGGAGGAUUCGGAGGAGGUGGUGCAGUCGGCGGUGGAUUCGGAGGAAAUGGAGGCGGUGGUGGAUUCGGAGGAAAUGCUAUUGGAGGAGGAGUCGGCGGUGGAUUCGGAGGUGGAGCUGGUGGCGCCGGAGGUUAUGGUAGCAAUGGUGGAGGCGGAGUAGGAGGAGGCAGCGUGGCUCCUGGAAUUCUCGUUGGAAGCGGAAGCCUCCCAAGUGUUGGCGGAAAUGGUGGCAGUCACGGCGGUGGAAGCGGCGGUUUCGGCGGUGGAAACGGUGGUUUCGGCGGAGGAAACGGCGGUUUCGGCGGUGGAAACAGCGGUUUCGGCGGAGGAAACGGCGGUUUCGGUGGUGGAAACGGUGGUUUCAGCGGCGGAAAUGGUGGAUUAGGUGGUAGUGGUGCUGGAGGUCAUGGAGUUCAGUCCGUGUAUGGUCAAAGGCAAGAUUUGAAGGAAUCGUGUCAGUGCAUAGUCCGCUUCCAAGGAAAGAAGCCUUCGAGUUCAUCAAUAAGAAGUGGAUCAGUGUCGGCUGGCACGUGUCAGAAACAUGUUAGUGACACGUGUUUUCCGACCUCUGACCCCUGGCCUCUCACUGAAGGCCUUAUGCGAUCUAGAUAUGGGCAAAAGAGGUGGUAG